GACGACAUGAACGACCGGCAGGAGUUCCACGAGACGCUGACGGCCAUGGAGGUGGUGGGGCUCUCCGGGGAGGAGCAGGCCCUGGUGCUGCAGAUUGUGGCUGGGAUCCUUCACCUAGGCAACAUCAGCUUCCGGGAGGAGGGCAACUACGCCGCCGUGGAGAGCGAGGACUUCCUGGCUUUCCCCUCCUACCUCCUGGGCAUCGACCAGGGCCGGCUGAAGGAGAAGCUGACCAGCCGCAAGAUGGACAGCCGGUGGGGCGGCAAGUCGGAGGUGAUCGACGUGACGCUCAACGCCGAGCAGGCCAGCUUCACCCGUGACGCCCUCGCCAAGGCGCUCUACUCACGGCUCUUCGACUACCUGGUGGACGCCGUCAACAAAGCGAUGCAGAAGGACUACGAGGAAUAUAAUGUCGGGGUGCUGGACAUCUACGGCUUCGAGAUCUUCCAGAAAAACGGCUUUGAGCAAUUCUGCAUCAAUUUUGUGAACGAGAAGCUGCAGCAGAUUUUCAUCGAGCUCACGCUGAAGGCAGAGCAGGAGGAGUACGUCCAGGAAGGGAUUCGGUGGAGCCCCAUCGAUUAUUUCAACAACAAAAUCGUCUGCGACCUGAUCGAGAGCAAAGUGAACCCGCCGGGGCUCAUGAGCAUCCUGGAUGACGUGUGCGCCACCAUGCACGCCAAGGGUGAGGGCGCCGACCAGAGCCUCCUGCAGAAGCUGCAAAUGGCCGUGGGCACCCACGAGCACUUCAACAGCUGGAACAAGGGCUUCAUCAUCCACCACUACGCUGGCAAG